CAGUACCGUUUUCAAUCGCGGCGACCAUAUUAUCGAUUCUGGGAUUGUCUAUACAUGUAUCAUGCUGUUAAGUUAACACGUGUAACCGGCGUGUUACAUCAUUAGUUUGUUGAAAGCGCAUGUAUGUCGUACAUUGUUGCGUCACUUUCAUUCUACGACAAAAGCAAUCCACGUUAACAUUUGUGAAACAUUGUAUAGUGUUGGCGUCGAGAAAAGAGGGAUACAUAUUUAGCAAGCUGCCAAGCAAUUCAUUCACACAAAUCUAAAAAUGUGUGGUAUAUGGGCAAUAUUUGGCAGUGAUGGGGACAUAUCAUUCCAAUGCAAUUCUGUACACAAGAUUGCCCAUCGCGGUCCCGAUGCAUUCCGUAUAGAGAGCAUCCACCACUUCCAGAACAGUUGUCUCGGGUUCCACCGCCUGGCUAUCGUGGACGACUUGUGUGGUAUGCAGCCUAUGCGUACUUUCCAACAUCCCUAUGUAUACCUCAUUUACAACGGAGAGAUCUUCAACUUUAAAGAGCUUCAGAAGACGUUUGGGUUCAAGCAAGACACGGAGUGUGAUGGGGAAGCUAUCAUCCACUUAUACGCCAAGGGGGGCAUCGAGUUUGCGGCCCAGAACUUGGACGGCGUAUUCUUCUUCUGCCUGUGGGACACGGCUAAUCGCAAGGUUUUCAUUGGUCGAGAUACCUUUGGGGUGAGGCCUGGUUUCCGUGUGUCCACAGAGACUGGCUUCAUGGCCGUGUGUUCAGAAGCAAAAGGACUGAUCAACCUGUCAAUCAACCAGUCUGCAGCCAUGCCCACGUCCCAGGUAGAACAAUUUCCGCCGGGUAAUGUAGAGACUUACUCAUUGGACGCUCAAGGUCGUGCAUUCUUGACUGAGAAAACCUGCUUCCACAAGAUUGGCGAGCCACCUAUGUACACUACAUUCCCUGUUGAGAUUGGUUCAGACAUAAAGAAGAACAUUCGAGACCUGCUCACGAUGGCAGUGAGGAAGCGUCUGAUGGCAGACGUGCGCGUAGGCUGCCUGCUGUCAGGCGGGCUGGACUCCAGCCUCGUCACGGCGCUAGUGGUGCAGGAAAGCAAGAAGCUUGGCGUUGACUACAAGAUACAGACCUUCUCCAUCGGCAUGGAGGGGAGCACAGACCUGGAGCAUGCACGCAAGGUUGCUAAGUUUCUGGACACAGACCAUCAUGAGCUGGUAUUCACCCCAGAGGAGGGUGUGGAGGCGGUAGAGAAUGUGAUAUAUCACCUGGAGAGCUAUGAUAUCACCACUGUCAGGGCCUCUGUUGGUAUGUAUCUGAUCAGCAAGUACAUCAAGGAGAAGUCCAACUCCACGGUGAUCCUGUCCGGGGAGGGCUCAGACGAGAUCGCCAUGGGUUACAUCUACUUCCACAAGGCACCAUCUGCUGAGGAGGCGGAUGAGGAGAGCAGACGACUCUGUAGGGACCUGUACAUGUACGACGUGCUUCGAUCUGACAGGACCACCGCUGCCUGGGGACUGGAAGUGCGAGUCCCGUUUCUGGAUCACCGCUUCUCCAGCUACUACAUGUCACUGCCUGCCGAUGUCAAGAUGCCCCAGGACGGUGUUGAAAAGCACCUGCUGCGCUCAGCGUUUGCAGGCGAGGGUUUAAUACCAGACGAAGUGCUGUGGCGACCCAAAGAGGCGUUCAGCGACGGGGUGUCGUCUGUGACGCUGUCGUGGUAUGAGGUCCUACAGACCCAUAUAGACUCACGGAUCAACGACAGCGAGCUAGAGGAGGCAGCCAAGACGUUCAGCCACAACCCGCCCCACUCCAAGGAGGCCCUCUACUACAGAAGGAUGUUUGAGAAGCACUACCCGGGGAUGGGGCGCUGGCUCCCAUACUACUGGAUGCCCAAGUGGUCCAAGACCAAUGAUCCCAGCGCCCGCACCCUCAAACACUACAAACAGUAGUCUGACUAUCAGAGUCUUUACAUUUUAGGUUGAGCUGCGCUGUGAGAAAACGGAGUUUUAAGCAUGUGUAGUCUGCACAUGCUAAUCAGGGACGACACUUUCCGCUUUAGUAGUAUUUUUUGCUUUAAAGAAAGUCUUGUUAAAAGGAAAAUCAAUUUCACACAGACAGUGAAGGCCUUGAUUAGGGUGACACGUUUGGCCUAUAUUGUAUUUUUCUUAAAGCAAAAAUUCAGUUUAGAUGGAAAAUGUCAGCCAUGAUUAGCCUGUUUGCACCUGCAUUAGACCCUGUUUUCCCACAGCGUGCUCUAUUUAAUUUUAAAAAUAAAGCCUAUUUAGUAAGGUUCAA